AUGGCCCCGUCCAUGCCUACGGACCAGCAAUGGGACCAUGAGUAUAAUACUCUCCGUCGCGAAAAGCUAUUUCGAACCCCUCCAUCGGAUCACACGGCGUAUCCCGCCCUCCAAUCAGCCAUUGAUCCUCAUCUAGAGUCGUUCAAUAACAUAUUCGGCGACCAUGGCAAGACCGGCUUGCUAGCCCACGGAUUGGCCGACAUCGGCUCCCGAGUCUUUCUUGAUGGAGAUGGCAAAACCGGACCAGAGCACGGCAAUCGCCUCAGCAUUCGCAUCAAGGAUGUGAACCUUCAAAGGCCUCAGCUCCCGCCCGCCAAUAAGAUGGCACGCCACAGGGAGAUAUUCCCGGCUGAGUGCCGAGAGAGGCACGUCUCGUACAGAGGAAAGCUUUCUGCCACCUUUGAGUAUACCGUCAAUGGCGGAGAUGCCGUCGAGUUUGUUCGAGAACUGGGCCUCGUACCCGUCAUGGUCAAGUCGAACCGAUGCCACCUCCAAAACAACUCGCCGGCUUUGCUCGUUCAGCGCAAGGAGGAAUCGGAAGAGCUUGGCGGGUACUUUGUCGUCAACGGCAUCGAAAAGAUUAUCCGACUGCUGCAGGUGAACAAACGAAAUUUCCCCAUGGCUAUCAACCGGCCGAGCUUUCAGAACCGUGGGGUCGGCUACACGCCCUAUGGCAUCAUCCUUCGAUCUGUCCGACCCGACGAAACGUCACAAACAAACGUCCUGCACUACCUCAACGACGGAAACGUCACCUUUCGCUUCUCGUGGAGGAAAAACGAAUAUCUCAUUCCCGUCGUCAUGAUUCUCAAGGCUCUGAUGGAAACGAACGACCGAGAGAUCUUCGAGGGAUUGAUUGGUCCUUUCGGAUCCAAGUCAACCGAGAACACCUUCCUGACUGAUCGAGUCGAGCUGUUGCUGCGAACGUACAAGACCUAUGGUCUUUAUAGCAGGUUCGAGACGCGGGCCUAUCUGGGAGAAAAGUUCCGAGUCGUCCUUGGCGUUCCCGAGACCAUGUCAGACUACGACGUUGGUACCGAAUUCCUACGGCGAAUCGUCCUCGUUCAUCUCGGCAACGUCGACGUGACGGAAAAGCAGGACGAGGAAAAGUUCCGUCUCCUGCUCUUCAUGACGCGCAAGCUCUACGCAUUGGCUGCCGGCGAGUGUGCCGUCGAUAACCCGGAUGCCAUCCAGAACCAGGAGAUUCUGCUCGGCGGUUUCCUCUACAGCCAGAUUCUCAAGGAAAGGCUCGACGAAUUCCUCAGUGUGGGCGUCCGCGCCUCCUUGAGGGACUAUCUCCGCCGACAUCCAGCCGUUUCAUUCACAUCCGAAGAGUUCCGAAAGGAAUUUCCGGGCAAUAUUUUCAGAAAGGCCAACGAGAACAUCGGCAACGCCCUGGAAUACUUCUUGUCCACCGGAAACAUGCAAAGUCCUUCCGGAUUAGAUUUGCAACAGACGGCCGGCUUCACCGUCGUGGCCGAGAAGCUCAAUUUUUUGCGAUUCAUCAGUCACUUUCGAAUGGUCCAUCGUGGCGCCUUCUUCGCCCAGCUCAAGACGACGGCUGUGCGAAAGCUUCUCCCGGAGUCGUGGGGUUUCAUGUGCCCCGUGCACACCCCUGACGGUUCCCCGUGCGGCCUGCUCAACCACAUGGCUCACAAGUGCAAGAUCAUGACGAGUUCGAUCGACGUGUCCAAGCUUCCGGCGCUCGCGGCGGAGCUAGGCAUUGUGGAAACGUCUUCCGCUUCGACCAGCGAAAGCGUCGUGGUGAUGCUCGACGGUAGGAUCCUCGGUUGGUGUACUCCCAAGGAGUCUCGCCGCAUUGCCGACUGCUUCCGAUACUGGAAGGUCGAGGGAUCGCACGGCGUGCCGCUUCACCUCGAGAUCGGAUAUGUUCCUCCAUCACGCGGCGGCUCGUACCCUGGCAUUUACAUGUGCUCGACCCCGUCCAGGAUGGUACGACCGGUCAAGUAUCUGCCGCAUCAAAAAGAAGACUUUGUCGGACCUUUCGAACAGCCAUACAUGUCGAUAGCGGUGGUUCCGCAGGAGAUCGAGUCUGGUCUGUCGACGCACGUCGAGUUUGAACCGACAAACAUGCUCUCGAUCCUCGCCAACAUGACGCCCUUUUCUGACUUCAACCAGUCCCCCCGUAACAUGUACCAGUGUCAGAUGGGUAAGCAAACGAUGGGAACGCCGGGCACGGCCAUUCGAUACAGAACAGACAACAAGUCGUACAGGAUACAGACUGGUCAGACGCCCAUUGUGCGGGCCCCGCUGCACAACGCGUACGGCUUCGACAACUUCCCCAACGGAAUGAACGCCGUCGUUGCCGUCAUUUCGUAUACUGGGUACGACAUGGACGACGCCAUGAUCAUCAACAAGUCGGCCCAUGAGCGAGGCUUUGGACAUGGCACAAUCUACAAGACGAAAAAGAUUUCGCUCAAAGACGAUUCGAGGACGCGGGGUGCCAAGAGCAUCACGAAGGCGUUCGGCUUUGCGCCUCACAGCUACAUUGCGGCGACAUACCAAGGCAUGCUCGACGACGACGGCCUGCCGCACGUUGGUCGUUUGGUCCAAGAGGGCGACGUCGUCUGCGCCUGGCACACCGUCACGGCGGACUACAACGGAAAGCUGGUCAACCUCGACGGCAUCACGCACUACGAAAAGUACAAGGACUCGGAGACGGCCUUUGUGGAGGAGGUGCGCCUGAUCGGGGCAGAGAGCGGGUCGGAGCCUCUGCAGACCGUCUCGAUCAAAUUCCGCGUCCCGCGCUCGCCUGUCAUCGGUGACAAGUUCUCGUCCCGUCACGGCCAGAAAGGUGUGGCGUCGCAGAAGUGGCCCGCCAUCGACAUGCCCUUCUCCGAGUCCGGGAUCCAGCCGGACGUCAUCAUCAACCCUCAUGCCUUCCCAUCCCGAAUGACGAUUGGCAUGUUUGUCGAGUCGCUUGCUGGAAAGGCCGGGGCGCUGCAUGGCCUCGCGCAGGACUCGACGCCCUUCAAGUUUGACGAGCAGAACACGGCCGGUGACUACUUUGGACACCAGCUGAUGAAGGCCGGGUACAAUUACCACGGCAACGAGCCGAUGUAUUCGGGCAUCACGGGCGAGGAGCUCGCGGCUGACAUUUACAUCGGCGUCGUCUACUACCAGCGGCUGCGACAUAUGGUCAACGAUAAAUACCAGGUCCGAACGACGGGUCCUGUCGUGCCGACGACGGGUCAGCCAAUCAAGGGCAGGAAGAAGGGCGGUGGCAUUCGCGUGGGUGAAAUGGAACGCGACGCGCUGCUCGCUCACGGGACUGCGUUCCUGUUGCAGGACAGACUGCUCAACUGCUCCGACUACUCCAAGUCGUGGAUAUGCCGGCGGUGCGGCUCGUUCCUGUCGGUGCAGCCGACGGUGUCGCAGUUCGCAACGGGAAAGAAGAAGACGCCAAGCAUGGUGCGCUGCCGCGGCUGCGCCAUCAAGCUCGACGAGACGGAGGGCGUGGACCUGACGGAGAUUCAGGGUGAGAUUUGGGAAGACGCCCAGGGCAACUGCUGGGUCGGGGGCGACCAGACAACGCAGGUGGUAGUGCCGGGCGCGCUCAAGUUCCUCGACGUCGAGCUCGCGGCCAUGGGAAUCAAGCUGAAGUACCGGAUAGACCGUGGUGAUGAGCCUCGCAAGGGGCCGAUGCGGCCGAUGGCGGCGCCGAGGCUGAUCAAGGCGUGA